GCGACACAAUUAAUAAACCCGAGGCAGAAAAAGAGGUAAUCGUUCCACCAGCUGAUAAGAGUGGAGCGGAGACAGCUAGUAUUAAUUCGCGUACGCUAUUUUUUGGAGAGAAAAGUGGAUUAGUCAACGUCCAGCGGCGGUGCGUAUGUCCCGAUGGAAGAGCAACAGAACAGAGGGAGCUCCAAAUUCAGGUGGAUUCAGCCGUGCGCUCGCGUUAAAAAUCUCCGUGCGGCGGAACGUGCAGGCACUCCUGGCUGCGUGGACACGGCGCAGCAGUCGAGCGUGGUGAAUACGGCCGCCGCGGCCCAGGACUUUGUGGCGCUUGUGAGGAGCGAGUCGCUCGCGUGUGCCCCUGCCGCCACACCGCGCCCAUGUGUGCCGCUCCGGAGGAGGUGACUGCGACGCGCGCGGCUCCUCCAAAUGUACACAUGCCUAUUUUGUCGCUCCUUGACUACUACAGUUUCGGACAACUUAACCCCGAAGGAACAAGGAGAAGUUACCUCGUCUCUCCAUCUUGCAGCUCCACUGCUAUACGAAUAUACGAUCGAUCGACACGAGGUGAAAAUUACAAUACAAGGUAAAACAAAUCGGCAGUGCUACAACAGUGCUUGCCUUCUGUUUCAAGGCUCUUCUGGUUGGUACUAGUACUUGGUUGCGGGAAACCGCCACUGCUGAGCAGACCAGUUUCCUCAGCAUUUCCUGCUCUCAGCUAUCUUCUUCUCCCAGAAGAUGGGGCGUGGGAAGGUGGUGGUGAAGAGGAUCGAGAACAAGGUGAACCGGCAGGUGACCUUCAGCAAGCGUCGCGGUGGGCUGCUGAAGAAGGCGCACGAGCUUGCCGUGCUCUGCGACGCGCACGUCGGCGUCAUCGUCUUCUCCGCCCGUGGCAAGCUCUUCGAAUACUGCAGCCCACUUACCAGGCAUGUUCCUUCAGUUUAUUCACCGCAUAGCACGUUCAUCGCGAUUCUUGAAUCUGCAUUUUCUUCAAUAAAUUUUGGUAUUAAGCUUGCCAAAUGGAUGGCACUAGCCGCGUAGAACGUUCUCUAAAGUUAUCUAAUGAUGUCUAAAUUCAUCCCUAUUCUAAUCAUGUGGCAUCUUUCGAUUAGGAUUCAUGGUCAGAAUCAGAUGCACUUAGCUAUAGACGUUUCCUGAGCUCAGCCUGAAAAGUUCAACAAGUACUCUGUACUCCGGCAUUCCACUUGCAGCUGCAUAUUCAU